GGCUGCCGUUACAGGUCACUUAAAUUUCUGGAAUUGGACGGGCGUUCAAUUUUGCAACAAGUUUGGCUGAGUACUGAGAAUUCACAGACUAUACCAAUAAUUGUUGCAGUUUCUGUAAUAAUUCUAUCACCUAUCAUCGUUUUCGGAAAUUUACUGGUCGUUUUCUCCAUUUGGAAAGAUUCUCUGAAGAAGCUUUGGUCAUGGCCAUCAAACUGUAUUAUAUUAUCUAUGGCAGUUGCCGAUUUAAUGGUUGGGAUAGUUACUUGUCCAUUGACAGCGUAUUGGGGUUGGGCUGUUCAUCAAAUGAAGAAUCCGACCUUUGGCCCAGUGACAUUUAGUAUUACCUUUUUAAAUAUCAGCGUCACCCACAUGCUUCUGUUGACAAUUGACAGG